GACGUCAGCGCCUUCCGAUGCCAACAGGCCGUACCUUCCCUGGCGGUAACGAAGCCUCAGGCAUGCCACACAAACCAAAGGCGAGAGUUCCAGAAGUGCCCAGACAAUGGUAUUCUUAAACUUGGCCCUCACCUCAACAUCCCAUUCUUCUACUUCUUCUCUUUUCUUCCUCGCCCACCUUUCCUCUCUCCCUGGGAACUUCUACUAUCGGCC